CUAUAGCUACCUCCCCUCCCCCUGCCUCACCCCUGGGGCUCUAGCUAUCUCCCCUCCCUCUGCCUGCCUGUCCCCGGUGCCCUUGGGGCUAUAAUUACCCCCACACCCUGCCUACCUCUUGGGUAUUGGGACUAAGGGUGCUGGGGAGGGGUAAGGCAGCACCAACUGGUUUUAAGUGGUUUCCUUCAUUUACAACAGUGGUUCUCAAACUCUGGUCUAUGGAUAGUUCCCUCUGAGGGGCAUGCCUGGGUGGCCACACACCUAAUUAGUGGAGCAGCAAGCUUGACUAUACUAAAUAGGUGCCUGUACCCUGGAGGAGACACAUGUAAGUAUACAGGAGGCACUGGGAGGGAGAGAGAGGAGAUGAUCAGCAGGGCCGCUGGCGGGCAGAAGGUGCUGAAGGGAGGAGAACUUGGCUGCUGGUGGUGGAAUAGAGAAUACUGGUGUCUGAGUUUGGGACAGAAAGGAAGACAAAAGAAUUGUUUGAACUACUAAGUGAACAUUGAAGCACACACCUCGUAGAGCUCUAAGAUUUCAUUUUGUUCCGCCAGUAGCAUGAGCUGGGAUGACUUACGUUGCAAAGAAGUGUGGCAUUCGCUUUCAGCCUCCAUCCGUUAUCCUGAUCUAUGAAGAUAAAAACAAGGAUAGAGCACGCCAGCGCAUCAUGCCUAUCCGACACUUCUCCAAGUUCUCAGAUUGCAGCAGGGCUGCAGAACAGCUGAAGAAUAACCCUCGGCACAAGGCUUACCUACAUGGGGUCUCACUGCAGCAGCUGCGGAAAUUAUACAGUUUGCUAAGAGGUCACUUGCAGGGAAAGAGUUUGGCCCAGAGCUUGGAGCAGAUUCAGCAAGAAGAGACCAUUGACCAAGAGGAGGACCUGAACAAACUAGAUGACAAGGAACUGGCAAAAAGGAAGAGUAUCAUGGAUGAGCUGUUUGAAAAGAACAGGAAGAAGAAGGAUGACCCAGACUUCACCUACAAUGUUGAGGUUGAGUUCCCACAAGAUGAGCAGCUGGAAUCCUGUGGCUGGGAUGCAGAGUCUGACAAUGAGUUCUGAUAAUGGACAAGGCCUCCCAGAUAAUCAGUAUGGAGAGAGAGAGAGAGAAAACCCAUAUUCUCAUUACACAAAGCACAGUUACUGUGUCCAUCAUAUUGCAUCAGUCUACAGAGCUUGACUGACACUGUUUACAAGUCAUACAACUGAUGCAUUUUACAUUGGUAAAUAAGAUCAGUGCCUAUGGUGUUUUAGCAGUUUGGGGAAUAGAUAAACAAUUUUUAAAAAGUCUUACGUGAAGCCUGAUAAAAAGGGACAUGGGGAUAUUGAAAAUUUUUAAAUGGUUAGAUUUGUAGCUGUUAUGUAACUGAAAUUUUAAACCUGUCUUUCAGCAUUUAUUUGUAUUUUAAGGACUAAAAUAGAAAUGUAAACAGUGUUAAAGUUGCAAAUCUUUACAUCUAACUCCGAAGAAGAAACAUUCAGAUUCUUAUUAGUUAGGCUAAGUGUUAAUCUAUACUCUGUACACAAAUCAAUAUUGCAGAGAAAAUCUUACCUUUAGAUUUCUUGAGUUGUUUAAAUCCAGUCAGUGUUCCAUGAAUGUACAUUUUUGUAUUUAAGAAAUAAAAUAUUUAGAAAACAGAUUAACCUUGGAGAUA